CCACACACACCACUCCGCCGCCGUCCCGAGGGCGGGUGGCCCAGCCAGUCGGCGAAGAGAGGAGGAGGUGCGGAGGUGCCAACGCAUCCCUCGCUCAGGCGCACCAGGGAGACCGGCUGGAGACCGGCGAGGCAGGCCCAGGAGAAGCUUAGCGCGCCUUUUCCAGGAUCCAGGCGUUGCUCGGAGGGCAAAAAAGCCCGGUUCCUUCUGGGCUUUCUCUGAGAAUCAUUGUAGCAGCUCUGAGGAUGUUUCUGCUUAGCUCAACAAGGCAGCUUUUCUUGCUGGCUCUUCUGGGCAUGGUCUUUUCAGCUCCUGCUUCAGACAAUAAGAAAAAAGAACAACCCCAGGAGAUAGUUCUAAGCUUUCCAAAGGAUGAAACUAGCCUGAAUGAAAUGCUCCAGGAAGUCGAGGAGUUGAUGGAAGACACUCAAUACAAGCUGACCAAUGCAGUCAAAGAGAUGGAAGCAGAGGAAGAAGGCUCUAAAAAGAUAAUGGGAAUUGAAUUUCAGAAGCUUCCUGCCAAUUACCAUAAUGAAUCCUACACAGAUACAAAAGUUGGAAAUAAAACUAUACAUAGACACCAAGAAAUUGAUAAGGUAACGGAUAACAAAACUGGAUCUACUAGCUAUUCUGAGACUAUUCUUACAUCAAUACAAGAAAACAGAAAGAGAAAUCAUGAGUGCAUUAUAGAUGAAGACUGUGAAAUUGGAAAAUACUGUGCAUUCUCUGAUUUGGAAUACAACUGUCACAUUUGCAAACCUCAACACGCACACUGUUCUCGGGAUGUGGAGUGUUGCGGACAACAGCUCUGUGUAUGGGGUGAAUGCAUACAAGCUGUCUCAAAAGGAGAAAAUGGAACGAUUUGUGAAAAUCAACAUGACUGCAAUCUGGGUUUGUGCUGUGCAUUUACGAAAGAUCUUCUGUUCCCCAUAUGCACCCCAUUCCCUGGCGAGAGAGAACCUUGCCGUAAUCCUUCAGAUGGGCUUCUCAACCUAAUUACUUGGGAGCUGGAACCAGAUGGAGCUUUUGAUCGUUGCCCAUGUGCCCAUGGGUUGAUUUGUCAGAAGCAGAGUUAUAGCAGCGACUCUCUUUGUGAAUUAUCAUUGAAUAAGACCCAAAGUGAGGACAAAAAACAACUACUAGCGGAUGAAUUAUCACUUCUGGACUUUGUAACCCAAGAUAUACCUGGUGAAUAUGAAGAGAGACUGAUCAAAGAAGUGCAGAAAGAACUGGAAGAUGGAAUGGCUGAUUCAGGGAAAUUAGCUAUGGCUAGUGACUUUUUUGGAGAGGAAAUAUAAGUCCAGUAAGUUAAUUGAUCACACGUGCACUAUUAUUGCUGUUUCAAGAGUUAUCAUACGCACAUGGUAUAUCUGCACCUUCUCUCUGCUGCAUAGAAGUGCAGUUAAGUCCACUUAGAUUCAUGAAAAUAUAUUCCUCUUCUAAAGCUCAAGCUAAAUACAAUGGGUAGAGAUCUCUACUUUUUAAGUACUGUUUUGAGAUGGUUAAGAAUUAGGGUUGAAUUAAUGUAAGCUGGGUGAUUUGAAUUAUGUAUUUCUUGUAUAUAUUGCUCCUUUAAAAGAAAUUCCAGCUAUUUUUUCCUUCUUAAAGCUCAACACUGAAGGCUACUAUGUACUUUGUGACCAGAACCUAAAGGAAAUUGGUAUCUAGUAUAUGCAUAGUGUAUAUACAAUUAGUUAUAUUGAUUACACCUGGUAGAAGUAGUCGUCUAUGAGCUGCACAUCUUGGUUUGGAAUGAACAUUUCCUGAAUGACAAUAUGGCUGAAAUUGGGUGGGUUGUAACUGCAAUAGUACAAGUGCUGCAAUAAAGCUGAAACACUCAUGGCAUGACAUGUAAAACAUACAUGUGUAUCUAUAAAUAGCACUUACAACUUAUAUACCGCUUCAGCGCUUUACAGCCCUCUCAAGUGGUUUAGUCAGCAUACUGCCCCCACCAAUAUGGGUCCUCAUUUUACUGAUCAUGGAAGGGUGGAAGGCUGAGUCAACCUUGAGCUGAUGAGGAUUGAACCACUAGCAAUACACACACACACACACACAGACAGACAUAAAAAGCUGAUCAUUUGAGUGUUUUAGGAUGUAUACCUUUUCCACAGUACAGCUCCAAUCAGCCUUAGCUUCUUCAAAUCCUCAAAAUUUAAGUGCAGUUCCAUGAACAGGAAAAUGAAUUAGUUUGUUUUAGUAUCUGAAUACUGGAAGAGUAGAGCUUUUCUUCAUUUUCUUUUAAAUAACCAUCUUACUAUGCCAUAGAAAUCUUAUUUCCAACCCUUGUAUUUUUAGCAGCAUUGUCUAAUCCUUAAAAAUAUAUUGGGGUCCUGGUCAAAAUUUUGUCUGAGGGAGUUUUAAACCGUGUAGGAAUGAAUGUGCAUACUGGCCUUGUCUACCACAUCUGUCUAUAUUCUCCAAUCUUUGGUUGUUAUCUCAAAAGGCCUCACUAGGAACUGUAUUCAUGUUUUCUCUGAAUAUGUAUGUACCCCAGUUCCGGAUCCAUCAUGAUUUAGAAAAGAAAUUAAACACAAACUAUUCAGAUCUUGUGCAGCACUGGCAUCUGUGCAGAAUAAAGCUUCACAUAUUCAAAUACCUGUGACAUCCUUCCACAAUUAGCUGCAAGUGUCAUGGCAAUUUAAGAUUCACCAGCAAAGAAAUAUUUGAAAGUCAAUUCAAAAGGCUUUUCUUCCGUCCACGUAAGAAUUUCUUGCAAAACAAUCCUGUAUUUUGACUAUUACAAUAAAUUUCAAAGUGUCAUUAAAGU